AUGACAAAUAAUUAUUAGAAUUUUGCGAUCUAAAACAUUCCGGAACAUAUCAAUUAAUUACAAAAUUUUAAGAAAUGGAGACGUGUAGGAUCGAACUUAAAAGGAGCAAUAAUGAUUGGCUAAAUUGAACAUUGCAUUCAUAAUAAUGAAAUUGGUACAUUAAAAAAUAUGAUCUAAUUUACAUCAUGUUAAGGCAACGAUAAAGCAUUAAAAUUUAAGACUAUUUUGUACAAUGCGCUAAAUAAAUUAUAAGGCGAUUAAGUAAUUAACUUCAUCAUAGAAUACUUAAUAUAAAAGGAUCAAUAUAAUAAUACAUCAUAAUAAUUUCUCGAUGAAUUUUUUAAGCAGAAAUAUAACUAUUCUCUUUCAGAUGAUGAUUUAAUUCAAGAAUUUUAGAAAGUCUUCAAAAUUAAAUUGAUUAUUGCAAAAUAUCCUCCUACAAAAUAGUCAAAUUAUCAAACGAUUGAUUCUAAAGACAGAAAUAGUAUCAUUAUAUUUAAUUUGGAAAAUAAGUUUUACGUAAUUUAAAAAGAGCAGAACUAUUUGGUUGAUAAAUGUCGAUGUUGUUAAAAUAAAAGUUUAAAAGAAUUGCUGAAAUUUGAAUGCAGCCAUUUAAUUUGUCUGACCUGUUUAAAAAAAUAAUUCUCUCAAAAUUAACUUAAAAUUAUUUGUAAUCAAUAACAUUGCCCCUCUUAAAUAACUUAUUAAUAGUUCUAAUAAAUAAUGAAAAACUAUGGAGAGACUCCGAUAAUACCAACUCCCUAAGAGUGUUGCAUUCUUUGUAAAACCAAAUCAAGCCUUGAAUUUUUAAUAAGGCCACAAGAAUGUUCUCAUAUGUUUUGUAUGCAAUGUUUGUAGGAUAAAUUCAAAACUAAUUAACAAAAUGAUUUUAGGUGUCUUAUUGUUGGCUGCUAUGGUAAAUUUAAUUAAAAAGAUUUACCAUCAAGCAUUUCUAGUAAAAUAACACAAUCUCAAAUCGUUCAAAAAUAAACUGAAAUAAUAAUGAAAACUGAUAAUUAAUAAAAAUAAAUUUCUUAAUCUAUGAUUUCUAGCAAUGGGAAACCUAUUGAUAAGAAUCUAAAUAAUUAAUGUAAUUAAUGUCUUAAGUAAUUCACAGAAGAUUUAAUCUAUAAGACUAGAUGCAAUCAUUUUAUCUGUAAAUUUUGUUUCUUAAAAAUUGAAAGCUUAAAUGCAGAGUAAUUCAAAUGUAAUGUUUUGAAAUGCAAUGAAAUUAUUAAAUCAAAAGAAUUAAGUUAAUAUUUUAAGUUAUCUUAGAGUUAAAACUCAUAAAAAAAAUGUGGUAAUUGUAAUUAGAUUUGUGAAAAAACAGAAUCAUUUUGUAAAACAAAUUGUCAUCAUGUAAUAUGUGUAAAAUGUGUUUCUGCUAUCUAUAAAUCAUAAAGAACUCCGAAAUGUCUAAGAUGCAAUAUAGUAAUAAAUGAAGACUUGCUGGAUGAAUACUUUUUAUAGAUUUAGGUUCAAUUUACAAAAGAAGUAGUUUUAGGAGGAUUGUACAUUUUGUCAUUCCCCUUUUACAGAGUAUAAUACUUAUUAAAAUUUAAAUUGCCAAAACCACGCAAUAGGUUCAUGCUGCAUAAUCUUCCCAUUAGAUUGCCCUUAAUGUUAGAUGAACUCAUUGAUUGUUGA